AUGGACAUGAAGGCUGUUCUCCAGAACUCCACUGACUUCGUCCUCUUGGGCCUCAUCACCCACCCUGUGUUCCCUGGGAUCAUCUUUGCAGUUGUCUCCUCCGUUUUUGUGGUGGCUGUGACAGCCAACGUGGUCAUGAUCCUGCUCAUCCAUGUGGACUCCCGCCUGCACACGCCCAUGUAUUUCCUGCUUAGUCAGCUGUCCAUCAUGGACACUGUCUACAUCUGUGUCACUGUCCCCAAGAUGCUCCAAGACCUCCUGUCCAAGGAAAAGACCAUCUCCUUCCUGGGCUGUGCGCUGCAGAUCUUCCUCUACCUGACCCUGAUGGGGGGGGAGUUCUUCCUGCUGGGCCUCAUGGCCUAUGACCGGUACGUGGCUGUGUGCAGCCCGCUGCGGUACCCUGUGCUCAUGAACCACAGGAUUUGCCUGUUCAUGGCGGUGGGCUCCUGGGUCGGUGGGUCCCUGGACGGAUUCAUGCUGACGCCCGUCACCAUGAGUUUCCCCUACUGUGGGUCCCGAGAGAUCAAUCACUUCUUCUGCGAGAUCCCAGCCGUGCUGAAGCUGUCGUGCGCAGACACGUCGCUCUACGAGACCCUGAUGUACGCUUGCUGCGUGCUGAUGCUGCUCAUCCCGGUGUCCGUCAUCUGCGUCUCGUACGCGCGCAUCCUGCUCACGGUGCACCGCGUGCGCUCCGCGCGGGGCCGGCGCCGCGCCUUCGCCACGUGCUCCUCCCACGCCCUGGCGGUGAGCGUCUUCUACGGGGCGGCCUUCUACACCAACGUGCUGCCCCACUCCUACCACACACCGGAGAAAGACAAAGUCGUGUCCGCCUUCUACACCAUCCUCACCCCCUUGCUCAACCCGCUCAUCUACAGCUUGAGGAAUAAAGACGUGGCCGCAGCUCUGAGCAAAGUGCUGGCGAGGUGCGCCUCCUCCCCGACAGCCGGUGUGGGGAGCGUAUCCGCGAGACGCUAG